AUGCCGUUCGCACAACUCGUGCUUGGUAGUCCAGGCUCCGGCAAGAGUACAUACUGCAAUGGAAUGCAGCAAUUUAUGUCUGCUAUUGGUCGUAAAUGCUCCAUAGUCAAUCUUGAUCCAGCUAACGACCACACUUACUACCCAUGCGCCAUCGAUAUCCGUAGCUUCAUCAAACUAGAGACCAUAAUGCAGGAUGAUAACCUUGGCCCUAAUGGGGGUAUACUAUUUGCACUCGAAGAGCUUGAGCAGAAUGUUGAAUGGCUUGAGGAAGAAUUAAGUCAUCUGGGUGAAGAUUAUGUAUUGUUUGACUGCCCAGGACAAGUGGAGCUCUACACUCAUCAUUCAUCUUUACGAAAAAUAUUUUUUAGGCUGCAAAAGCUAGGAUAUCGACUUGUGGUCAUACAUCUGUCUGACUCGUACUGUUUAACUCUUCCUUCUCUCUUCAUUUCUAACCUUAUUCUAUCACUACGAGCUAUGCUGCAAAUGGACCUUCCACAUAUCAAUGUACUCACAAAGAUUGACAAACUCUCAUCAUAUCCACAGCUUCCCUUCAACUUAGACUUUUACACCGAGUUGCAAGAUCUAUCUUAUCUCCUACCACUCCUCCAAGAAGAGUCCUCUAGUAUGAGUGGCUCCAAAUUUGAAGGUCUCAAUACUGCAAUUGUAGAACUAGUAGAAAGUUUUGGACUAAUUGGGUUUGAAACCCUGGCGGUGGAAAAUAAAAAGAGUAUGAUGCAUUUAUUGCAAAUAAUAGAUCGAGCGGGUGGAUAUGCCUUCGGGGGCGCUGAGGGAGCCAACGAUACAGUUUGGCAAGUGGCCAUGAGAGAAGGUGUGACAACCAUGGACGUGAAGGAUGUUCAGGAACGGUGGAUAGACGCCAAGGAUGAGUACGAUGAGCAGGAGCUUAGAGAGUGGGAGAAUCAAGCACAAGUAGGUGUUGGUCCUAAGAAGUCACCGGGAGACGAUGAUUAUGAUGAUUUUGAUGAUGAAAUUGAUUCGAUGGAUAUGAGUUCACUAACAGGACAAUGUAGCGUAAAGGUGACGAGGGUGAAAAAAGAUUAA